GAUGUGCAUGUGGAAUGUUUCAAAGAAAACAUAAAACCAAGAUAAGUUUUUUUAGUUUCUUUCAGAUUUCUUUUGUUGCACUGGGAUUUUCUCAGCAACAUUUCCCAUAAGCAGCUGGAAAUGUAAUACUAUGAGGAAAUUACUCAUCUAAAAGGAACUUGUUGGCAGGGUUUUCUAACUAUUCUGCUCCUAGCACUCUGGCAAGGUUGUUAAUCCCCACAGAAUGAAAACAGCCUGCUUAUUGUGCUUACAUGUUAGAGGACAGGAUAGUAGCUACAGAAUGUCCAUUGUUUUCUGAUUAUUCAUCUGAAGGAGAGUAAAUAAACAAUAUGAUUUGACUGCUGAUUCCCUCUUGAUUGAUUUGUAUUUCUAAUUGAAUUUCGACUCAGGACUUUGGGGAGAGUGACAUCACUGCUUUAUGUGGCCACACAUAACUAAUAGCGUGGCCCUGUAAAUACAUUUGUUCUAAAUUAUGUCUUGUAAUGAAUGCCUGGCAAUCUCAAGAGUGGGUUUGCAUCGACUCUCACCUUAUCGCUAACCCUCGGGCGACCCAGAACAAAUAACUCAUAAUGCCUCAAUCAUUUGCAUCUGAAUCAAGGCUAAUAUUAUUUAUGGAACCAAAGCAGCACAUGUGGCAUUGAACGCUGUGUUUUCCGCAAAUGGUAGGACUGGGAGAGAGCGAGACGAGGCACAAUGCAAGGUGUUGUUGUUGUGCCAAGAGAGGACCCAAUGACUUUGUGUUGACAGCAGAAGAGUUCAGGAUACAGCAGGUCUUUUCAGCAGUCUUUCCGUUCUACAUCAGCAAGCAGAGGAGGACGUGGAUCAUCAGGGAAGAUGUUCUUUGUGGCAGGGGCCAAAAAUACAGGAGGAUCGGGUGGAGGAAAUGAAAGGAGGUCAAUCUACCAAAAAUUCCGUGAAGUAGAUUUAUUGGACAAGAAGAAGACAGUGACAGCUCUAAAGCCCGGUGAAGAUCGGGCCAUUCUUUUGGGACUUGGAAUGAUCCUCUCUUCAGUCAUGAUGUAUUUUGUCCUGGGGAUCACUAUAUUACGCUCCUAUGCAGACAGUGUGUGGACAGAAGAGGGUGUGUGCAUUGUACUGAACUCCACGGUCACAGCAGACAUGAACUGUUCCUACAACUGUGGGUCAGACUGCUGGAGAGUCUCCAAAUACCCCUGUCUGCAGGUCUACGUGAGCGUCAAUAACACAGGCCGUGUCAGCCGUUUAUCUCACAAUGAAGAGACCCAGGACACCAGCUCUGAAUGUUUCUAUGUGCCCAGGUGCCAGAAGGACAGCAUGGCCAUGCAUGUGAUGAUUAUGAACAUCUCCGAGCGUCUGAAGGUGAACCAGCAGGUCCCCUGUUACUACGACCCCAGUGAGCGGCACGAAACCGUUAUCCUGACCCGGCUGUACGACCACAGCGUCGUCGUCCACUCAUUGCUGUGGCCCUCGUGUAUGCUCACAGGAGGGGCUCUCAUCAUCGUGAUGGUGAAGCUCACGCAGUACCUCUCCAGGCUGUGUGAAGAGAUAGGGAAGAUUAAGAGGUGAAAUAUGCUGCAGCAGCUGUGAAAGCCAAGCAUAUGGCAAUUUGGUGAUGGACAUAUGACAUAAAAGGGGUUUGAUUUAACCAAAGCGACCUCGCUGUGACCUCUUGCAAACGUUCCUCUCUGACUGAGACGUGUGGAACAGCUGACUUUAACUCUGACUCAAGGAUGUGAAUGUUUAUAAAAGCAAACAGAAUGUUCCGAGGCGGAAACGGUCAGACAGGCUGUUAAUUCUGGGAAAACUAUGACUGGAUUUUGCAUGGUGUUAAAGCAUUGUAAAAUGUUUUAUGGCUACUUGUUUGCAAGAGUUUGUUACACUUGUAAUCUUAAAUAUUCCAUAUUAUGAGCGUGUUCUUGCUAUGUCACAUAUGAUAUAAAUGACAAUACCACCCUGUGUUUAAAUCUACAAAUGGGAACUUCCUAAAACUUUCCUACGUUUUGCUGAUCAUAUGUCAUCGUUGUUAUUUGAUAUCCACUAUCUCAGCGACCAAAGAAUAUGUGCAGGUCUCUCAUGACAAAAUGUCUUUAUGAGCGAACAUACUGCAACACAUACAUAACUUGAUGUGGUUUUCACAAUGUUGGAAAAGCUAUUCAGGAGAAUUUAUCUCACCAAACUUUGCACAAAAAUCUAAUUUAUCGAGAUGAUCUAACACAAUGUAUGCUUACAGAUUAUAUAGGAACAUCUUGCUUGGGUUUAAUGCACAGAAAAAAUGUAAUUUGAUUAUGGAUUCCAGGGUCAGGAGUCAUACACUGUGUGACUGUACAGGUUAAACAACGAUAAUCUCUCCAGGGUAUAGAAAGCACACAUCUCUGCCAAGGCUGGACAAGAAAUGAGUUUGCUUAAUUUGAUGAUGGAAGCAGUUCAUAAAGCAUCAAAACACACACACAUAUAAUGCUGAUUAGUCGACGGUGGUUAUAAUUUCUUGGAGAAUAUUGCUUGAAUACCUGACUUUGUAGGAUGGAUGUGCAAAGGUUCAGACUAUAACCACUGGGCAUUAACAUUUAUGAUGUUGCUGAUGCCCAAUGGCCUGUAACCUUUCACAGAGUUCCGUUGAAAUGUCACAUAAAGAUAUUUUAAAUAAAAAAACAAUGCCCUGACAGCAAUAAAACACA